AUGGGACGGCAAGCUGAAAACGAGAUGCCCAGGACAAAUAUGAUGUUGACAUCCGGAUCAAUUAUGUUCUAUAUAGGUAUGGCCACUCAUAAUGCCGCGCUGGAGCGGCCGAAGUCCGCAGCGAACAGACUGGCGCUUGUGAAAUUUAUAGCGAGCCUGAAACCAGGAAUUGACAUGAGAGACUGGGAUGUUGUUGCUGCUAGAAUGAACUCAAUCAUGCAUCGCAGCAGCUCAUUGGUAACACCUUAUUUCUUCUACGAUGGUAAGGCAUGCUAUUCCUACUUUAGGAGUACUUAUCUACAGUAG